AUGUAUUUAUUUUUAUUAUUUAUAUUCUUAAACAUAUUUUACUAUGUAACGGCUCUGUCUGUUCAUGUGAAGAUUUCAUGGCGAGAUAAUCCUAAAGGAUUACAAAUUUUGGCUAAUAAAACAAGACACCGAUUCAAGGUGGAAUUGACUAGUAAUAAAUGGGAACUUCCUAAAGAAGGAGAAACGGAUAAAUAUGACAGUUUUCAUUUUGAAGAGAUGGAAGAAAAUAAUGAUGAAAAUUUGGAAAAAUACACGUUGAAAGUUUACAAACUUACCAAUGAAAUUGCUUCUAUUGAUAAUGUUGAAGACAAUUCAUUAAUUUACAUUAAAUACGAAGGCAAAAACAAAAUACUCUACACAAAAAUAUUAAAAAAAGAUGAAGAAUACUUCGAUACCAUAAUUAAUUUGAUUAAACGCCCUGUUCGAUUCCUUCAAUUUAUUUUUAAAACUGAUGGUUCCAAAGAAAAAAUUGUAACAAUAAAAUGCAAAAACGAGAAUGAUGAUAAUAAAAUUGUAGAAAUUUUCAUUCCAGAAAGGGAGAAAAGCAGUAAAUCAGCAUAUUACAAUUCACAAAUUGUUAAAACAAAAAUGUGCCCAGAUGAUUUAUAUGACUUUGUAAUUGAUAACAAAAACACAAAAGCUAAAGUAAAGUUUUAA